CCGGGCCGUCACUGAAGCCCGUUAGUUUGACUCAGCGUGUCCGCGGUGCUUCAGCCGGCUCGCCAAUGCUUCUGCAUCAGUUCAUGAACGGAGCCCUGGAAGCCAUGCAUCCCACACUGCUACAGAAAGACACCACUUUUACCAAGAUCUUCGUGGGCGGCCUGCCCUACCACACCAGCGACGCCUCGCUCAGAAAAUACUUCGAGUCUUUCGGGGACAUUGACGAGGCUGUGGUGAUAACGGACAGGCAGACCGGUAAAUCCCGGGGAUACGGCUUUGUCACCAUGACAGAGCGAGGAGCGGCCGAGAGAGCCUGCAAGGAUCCUAACCCCAUCAUUGACGGCAGGAAGGCCAACGUCAACCUCGCCUACCUCGGCGCCAAACCCCGCAGCAUACAGACAGGCUUAUCCAUCGGAGUGCAGCCCAUUCACCCAGCCUUCAUCCAGAGGCAGUAUGGGUUGGCCCAACCCUACAUCUACCCCCAGACGUAUGUGCAGCCCAGCCUGGUGCUGCCCACCCAGCUCUCCAGCUCCGUGAGCAGCAGCCCUUACCUGGACUACAGUGCGGCCUACGCCCAGGCCGCCUUUGAGCAGCAGUAUCCCUACGCCGCCUCCCCGGCCGGCUUCCUGGGUUACAGCUACGCCGCCAGCCCCGGCGCCACCGCCGGGCCGGCCCCCGCCGCCACAGCGCCCACCACCGUCCACCCCACCUUGCCCUCGGCCGCCGGCCCGGCCCCGGCCUUCCUGCACUACGCUCAGCAGCAGCAGAUCCAGCCCGACCGCAUGCAGUGAGCAGGCGGGGGGGCAAGGAAGGGGGACUUUAUGAACAGAAGAGGGGAAAAUGCCCUUUGGGGUGACCCCGUUUUCAUGUACGGGGGGUUCAGCGAAAGGGGUGGGACUAUUGCACUAUAUGCUAAAUAUCAGGAGUGCCCCUUUGCUGAUGUGAUUGGGUUAAAAAGGGUAAAGGUGGGAGGGACGGGGGGGCGGGGCUGAGAAGCUUUAACGUGUUUGAUUGCUUCCAACAGCUUCUUGAAGCUGACACUUCAUUUAUUAUUAUUAUUAUUAUUAUGAUUGUUCUUUAUUAUAUCAAUGUCAUGUCGUAUUGUAGUUACCUGCAGAAUGACGUCUGUGGUACAUGUUGACGUCUGAGAGCUUUCUGGGACAUAUUUCACGCUCCAAAGUAUCUCAGCUGGAUGGGAGGGCGACUGCUGCUUUUGGACGCGGCAGGGGCAUUGGGAGAUUACCUUGAGACGCCGCCCGCUAUCUGGAGUCCUCGUGCUCUCCACGCGGCGAGGUAAAGCUCUACGCCGUGACCAACAAGCCCCACCCUGGAGGACACCAUGUUUCACCUGCAAAAAAAACAGGAAGUCUCAACAUGCAAGACUUGGCGCCGCAUGGUACUCGGCCUGGAGUCGUAUCAGGAAGACGUUUUAUUCUUUUUAUUAAAGGGGCCUUAAUAAAUACAAAAGCACGCCUUUUUUAAUCUCCCGAAGUCCCAAGAACUCAUCUUGCCAGAGAACCAAGCACAGACUUUGGAACUGUUUUCGUUCGCCGACCCGCUGCACAUGGAUGUAGACCACCACAAGCAGGAUGCGGCGCUUUGGGUCCGAGCCCGGCAGGCCGCCUAUCCGUAUUAGAUGGUAGCUGACACUGAGCGCAAACACCCGUGCGUUGUUCUGUCUCCUCCGUACGUCGCUGUCCAAGCACUGCAUUCAACAUAUUCAGUCCUCAAGUACAUGGACAAUAUUUAUAUGUAGGUAUUUAUAAGAGGUACUAAGUUAAGAGCUUUUUUACUAUGUAGUGUAGCACUGAUGCCAUUUAACCUGCAGAGGCAUACCCCACACUGGCCGGGUGGUAUCACCCACCGUGGCAGUGGAUUUGCGUGGGUGCUGCUGCAGAUGAUGCCUAUUUGUAGAUGUUCAUCUGACGUCAGCAAAUGUCUUUUAUAGUCCCUUCAAGGAAAGCCAUACAACAAAAUGAGAAUAAAGACUUUGUACUUGGCAAGGACUCCAGACCUGUUUUUC